UGUUCCCGGCGGGCGCUGAGGCGAUGGCCGGGGCCCCGCUGCUGGAGGCGCUGGGCCGCCUGUGGCAGGUGCAGGCCCAGCUCGGCAGCGGCGCCUCCGCCUCGGUGUUCCGGGUGCGCUGCUGCGGGGACUCGCACGCUCCGCUCGGCGCCGUCAAGGAGUUCGUGCCCCCGGCGCGCCCCGGGCCUGCCGCCCGCUGCGCCCCGGAGUACGGGUUCGGCAAGGAGCGCGCCGCGCUGGAGCAGCUGCGGGGCCACCGCAACAUCGUGACGCUGUACGGCGUGUUCACCAACCACUUCUCUGCAAAUGGCCCUUCUCGCUGCCUCCUGCUGGAGCUGCUGGACAUCAGUGUGUCAGAGCUGCUUUUCUACUCCAGCCAUCAGGGUUGCUCCAUGUGGAUGAUCCAGCACUGUGCCCGUGAUGUGUUAGAAGCCCUGUCUUUCCUUCACCACAAAGGCUAUGUGCAUGCAGACCUCAAGCCACGCAACAUCCUGUGGAGCGCAGAAGAAGAGUGCUUUAAACUCAUUGACUUUGGGCUUAGCUUCAAAGAGGGGAAUCAGGAUGUGAAAUAUAUUCAGACAGACGGGUAUCGGGCUCCAGAGGCAGAGCUGCAGAACUGCCUGGCUCAGGCGGGGCUCCAGAGUGAAACGGAAUGUACCUCUGCUGUAGAUCUGUGGAGUCUAGGAAUCGUUUUACUGGAAAUGUUCUCAGGAAUGAAACUGAAACAUACUGUCCGAUCACAGGAAUGGAAGACAAACAGUUCUGCCAUCAUUGAUCACAUUUUUGCCAGUGAAGGUGUGGUAAAUUCAGCCAUCCCAGCCUAUCACCUCAGAGACCUUAUCAAGAGCAUGCUUCAUGAUGACCAAGCGAAAAGAGUCACUGCUGCAAAGGCCCUGUGCAGCCCCUUCUUCAGCAUUCCCUUUGCUCCCCAUAUUGAAGAUCUGGUGAUGCUUCCAACUCCAGUGCUAAGGCUGCUCAAUGUCUUGAGUGAUGCUUCUCUUCAGAGUGAAGAAGAAUAUGAAGAUGUGCUGGAAGACAUAAGAGAGGAGUGUCAGAAAUACGGCCCGGUGGUUUCCAUGCUUGUUCCAAAGGAGAAUCCUGGCAAAGGCCAAGUCUUCGUUGAAUAUGCAAAUGCUGGUGAUUCCAAAGCUGCCCAGAAAUUGCUCACUGGAAGGAUGUUUGAUGGCAAGUUUGUUGUGGCUACGUUUUACCCCCUGAGUGCCUAUAAGAGAGGGUAUCUGUACCAAACAUUGCUCUAGCAGCAGCAGCCAUCAGGAGAGUCGGCAGCGCUUCUUCCUCAUUUCAGUGUGUUCUGCAGUUGAAUGUACAAAGAGCUUCCUAGCCCUGCUUUUGAGUAGCUUUGAAAGGAGAUCUGCACAGGACAGAACUGGGCUUUUGCCCUCUAGUGCUGCUUUGUCCUGUACAAAGGAUGCCCAGGCGGCUUUAAAAUGAUCUGUGUUCUGCUUGUUUGGUUACAUUAGAGAUGUGGUUCUUGCCUACCCUGGAAGGCUCUCCAGUGACUGGAGUAAGUAGUGACAUUGCCAUUACAGGAGACUCAAUAUCUAAGUCGGGUUCAGACUGUUAAAAAUGUCACUUGUGUCUUGACACUAAUGAUCGACUAGUGUUUUUGGAAAGGAUCUCUGUUAAAUAUUCAUCGCGGAGUGAGAACCCUCCCCAUACACAUGCUCUGAGACACCCAGGAGCCCUCCAGCAAGAACAGGAAAGACUACACUUUUUUUUCCUGUUAUCUAAGGUAGAAAGACAAGCAGAAGCCCCUGCAUCUCUGGGGUGGGUGGAGGAGGCUUCAGGUCUUUACACCCCAUAAAGUAGUGGCCAUCUGGCCUGUGAAGUUAUGCUGUCACUGACAGCUGGCCCAGGGAGACCAGUAAAAUUUCCUCCACUCUA